AUGUCAACAUUCCAAUACACAAGGUCCGGAUCUGAGAUUGAGUCGGCCGGUCCACAAACGCCGUUGGAUCGCUGUGAUAUACUCGCUUUCCUUGGUGUCGCUCAAUCCCGCGGUAUAGACCUGCUCCCUAUACAUUGGGAACCGACACUGGACUGUCUUGGCCAGAGUAGAACGGCUGAAAUCCGAGAGGCUUCGUUCAGUCGACAGACAAGCUUCGCUUUCAAACGCGGAAAAUUCGGAAAUGCGUAUGAUCUGAUGGAAUUAGAGACUCGACUACUUCCAUCCUUGGCUGCUGAGGUAGCUGUAUUGGGCCACCCAUCGAUUUGGGAUUAUCCUAGCAUCGCUAGGCUUGAGGGGAUAUGCUGGGAGGUGUACCCUCCGGACGAUCAAGUGCUCUCUAGGGAGGAGACGAUCAAUUCUGGGAAAGGUGGUAUAAUGCCCAUUCUUGUGUUCGAAAAAGCUAAACACGGAGACUUAUACCAAUUCAUGACACAUGGGCCAGGACAAGAGCUGGGUCUGAAUGAUAGACUUUGGCUGUGUACUGAAGUCGCAAGCGCAAUUGCUAUAAUGCACAUAAACAAAAUUAUUCAUGGUGAUAUUAAACCUCAGAACAUCUUGGUGUUCGACAAGGGUUUGGUUGAACAUCCCGCCAAGGCUAAAAGUCUAGGAAUCGGCACAGGAUACGCGGACUCGACCGACGUGCUUGAGAUACCCAAAUCCGAGCCUUGGUAUGGCCCAGAUGAUAUCAUUGACGGGGAUGCAAACCCUCAAAAUAGCUCAUUGGUGGAUCACAAAUCGCCUAGAUACACUGCUAAGGCUACGGACUUCGGAUAUUCAACCCAAUAUACCGGCGUGACCGAUUUGAUCAACAUGCCGAGAUCAGACCCGUGGUAUGCUCCAGAGUGGCACCACCGUGGCUUCACACCAGCACAGGCAACCAAAAUGGAUUCCUAUUCCUUCGGCAUGGUAGUACUAUGGCUGCUGAGCUGUAGUACAGAGGACGACUCCGUCCGCAGAUUCCAAAGUGAUUUGAAUCUAGCAUCAAAUGAUGCGUUGUCACUGGCAUAUCGAAUAUUAGAGCAUGUCCAACCCGCACAAAGACUGAAGUUACAACUGUUUUUUGAAAAAACCCUGACAAACAAUGUACCUGAUCGGUGUUCAGACUUCCUCCAUUUGCGAGACAUUCUUGGCUCACAAUUGUACAUUGUCAAUCAGUUUCACUGCGAAGGGGGCUGA